UCUAGAUGCCCCAACUACAGAAUAGUGUACUAUAGUACCCGCCGGGGAUAUUACACUACAAGACGGAUGAGUUAAUCUUAGGUAGUUGCCUAGGCGGGACCUUCCCAUGUCGGUGCUAGUGGGGUGCAAUCAUUUGCGAAGAUCAUUUGCAAAGACGGUUUGUUCCUUCCCACCAAAGAAGAGAAGUUUGUUGCUAGUCGGCUGCCAACCCGGCUUCUGCUAGGUCCACCCUUACUCAUAGUGUACAGCUGCCACAUCAAAAAGGGGAGAAUUCCGUCAUUCUUCUUAGUGGAGUCCAGUUUUUAAUCCAGUAUCCAGCUUUAAUGCCUGGCAUUUCAUACCACCUCCACUCUCUCAAGUUUGUCUUGGCCUUUCCAGGGCUGCGUUCCUUUUCCUCUCCUUUUCUUUCUGUUGGCGUUUCCUACGAUACAUAAUCUUUAUUUUUCUUCAGUCUAUCGUGUGACUAUACGUAAUGCUGAAAGAACAACAAGGCGUGCGACUUACUUGUGGACCUAAACGCGAAGGAUAACGUGCGCGACACAAUCGUUUUCGGUCCCAUUUCUCAUAACUAGGAUGGGCGCGAUAAAAAAUACUCUUUCCUUAAUUCCCUCUUUUCGGUUCUCGGGGUCCAAAUCAGUCUACGAGGUGCUGCCUUCGCACGAUUCAAGCCAUGCUAGUUCGCCCUUAGACGGAUCGCCCAUCAUGUCGGAUACUUGGCGCAAAGGGUUCUCAACACCCCGUCGGCGACUGGGUGGUUUACUUCGCACGUCACCAAAGAAGUUGUUCUUUUUCACAAUCGCUAUUUUUUUCACGUUUGUUUUACUUGCCGGAGGAAGCUUUCGAGCUAGGCGCUAUUACGUCGAGAAGACUAAGACAGAAGAGAGAAUCCCCUAUCACUGGGAAAAAUACCCCAGGUUAAGUGGGUUUUACAAUGGUGUGCGCUCGCUUGUGAACUACACCGACUGGAUUCCGGAACAGCAAGUCACAGAGAAAACUAAACCUCUAAUUCACAAAACCCCUCCUAUGGACCCGGUUGUUGUUAAUCCGUAUCCCGACUUCAGCUCCAGCGAGUAUCUUAAGGAUCACCAGCCUGUGCAAAGAUGUUAUGUGGAUGAAAAUGAGAAGUUCCCGGCACCUGAUAUCUUCGCAUAUCCCGGUAUACCUGCUGGGAUGCCUGCCCCGUUCUGGGGAUCGUACGAGAGUAUCGGGGUUGCGCCAGAUAAGUGCUGGGAACGAUUUGGUCGGUUCGGUCCUUACGGUUAUAGCUACAAUCCCGCCGAAGGGGGGUUAGGAUUGUCGAAUAAUUCAGCGCAUGCAGGUGCUGAGAAGAUCCAAGAGAUGUUUACCAAGGUUGAUUAUCGCAAUGUGAAUUGGGGCAGAGCGCAGAAAAAGUGCUUUGAAAAAAACCAGAAACGAUUUGAUCCUGAAGCGGCACGUAGCGACGGCUCCAGUGAAGACAAGAAAGUAGUCAAGCGCUCUGCUUAUGUACUACGAACCUGGACUGGCUACCAGUACACCGACAUCCAACUCUUGUCUCUACGAGCUAUGAUCAACGAACUAUCCCUAAAAUCCGGCGGUGAAUAUGACGUACAUCUCCUUGUUCAUGUCAAAGACAACUCGAUACCCAUCUGGGCGUCCGAUGAGGUUUACAACCAGACGAUAAGGGACAAUGUGCCUGAAGAAUUCUGGGGCAUUACAACACUGUGGUCGGAGCAGCAGAUGCGAACAUACUAUCCCGGCCCGUUCCCUGAAGAAGACAACGUCGAGAAUCAUUCUAAGUCUGAUAUCCAUGGUGUUUACCGAAGUGCUCAUUUCGCCUUGCAGUGGUUUUCGCAGCAGCACCAAGAAUACGAUUUCUUUUGGAACUGGGAAAUGGAUCUAAGAUAUACCGGUCACUACUACGAGUUCCACAAUGGUAUUUCAAAGUGGGCAGCAGAACAGCCUCGAAAACUACUAUGGGAGAGAAGUUCUCGAUUCUGGAUACCUGGUAUUCAUGGUUCGUGGUCCAAGUUUUCUCAACUAGUGGAACGAGAGACGAUAGAGAGGAAAGAGGAACCAGUUUGGGGUCCUGUGACAUUUCCCACUUCCGACCGUGGUAUGCUCCCAUCUCCUAAGGAGAACACGCCGCCGACGAAGAUCGAAGAUGAUGAUUAUCGAUGGGGUGUAGGUGAAGAUGCGGACUUAAUCGUCUUUGACCCAUUAUUUGAUCCGGCAAAGACAAACUGGGUCUUCCGCAACGACGUGUCGGGAUAUAACACGUCCCUUGAGAUACCGCCUCGCCGAGUAGCAAUCAUUACAGUUGCACGACUUUCGAGAGGGUUAUUAAAUACUAUGCAUGAGGAAACGUUCCGUUUGCACCACACCAUGUUCCCAGAGAUGUGGCCUCCAACGGUUGCUCUUCACCAUGGAUACAAAGCUGUUUACGCACCACACCCAGUUUACUUUGAUAGACAAUGGCCGCUCGAUGUCAUGGACAAAACUUUUAACUAUCCACCCGCGCCGCAAGAUAGCCCGUUUGGUUGGGGCGAGCACAACAUGCAAGGUGGUAGUUUCUACUACAAUGCCGGUUUCAGCGGUGCAUUGUGGCGACGAUGGUUCGGAGCUAAGGAGAAUGGUGAGGGCGGAAAGAAGAUGGAAGAAUCUCGAUCGGACCGUAUGUGUCUAAGAGGAACGCUCUACCAUCCGAUAAAAUCUGAGAGCAUCGAAUGAGCACGUUUAUAGUUGUGGUUAUCUAAUUUUGGUGUAUUGGCGUUCAGGAAAAGCCGAGUAUAGGGCUUCUGAUUUCACGAGAGCAUUGAGGCAUUUGCAAGGGGCGGUUUGUUUUCAUCCAUGGCAUCAUACAGCAUUCGAGACUCCGGUCUCCUCUCCGCAUAUGGUUUAUGGGGUUCUGAUACCCGUUGAUUUGUGGACGAACCCCCGUUUCUAUUUUAUUACCUUAUUCAUGAGAACAGAUUCAAGCAGGCACCAGGAUUGUCAAGAUUGGAUGUCGUGCAGUGCAGACGAGGGGCAUACGAGGCUUGUAUGAGAGAGCAGGUCGACAAGCCAACGAGGGCUGUCCACUCCUAAUUGUAUAAUAGACCUUGCGACCAAUGUUUAAUACCCAAGACAAUAAUGCUGCAAUGUUCCAA